GGACGGGGGGAGAGGGGCAAGACUGAGUCCCCCUCUGGCCCUGCUCUGCCAAAGGCUUCUGCCCAUUUGACAGAUGGGGAGAUUGAGGCACUAAGAGCGGCAGCGUCUUGUCCUAAGCUGAACAGUGCAGACACGGUGGCCUAAAGGAGAGGAACUGGCCAGGCAGGAGGUGGACAGGAGGCCCCUGGCCCCCCAUUACUCCUUGACAGGGUCAGCUCAAGUGGGCAGGGAGGAGCAUCUGACAGUGGCCUGGUUCCCCCGUUAUUCACUGCAAGGGCUGAGCUAUGUCCUGGGGGCUCCACAUGGCAGGAAGGGAUUCCUCCUGAAGAGUCAUGGCCCCACCCCACCAGGGCACACCCACAGCCCCCAUGGUUCUGGCCAGGUCCCCGGGUCUUGGCCUCACCCCUUCCUGCUGACUCAGAGCCCCCCAAGAGAACCGGGUCUGACCAAGCAGCAGGAGGGAAGGUUAGGGGGGCUGAGGGGCCGGGCAGGGUUAGACAGCCACACUGUUUGGGUAGUGGCUCUUGGGUCAGGCACCCUGGGUUUGCAUUGAGGAGCAGCCACGGGGUCCUGGGACUCCCUGAGCCUCACUUUCUCACCUCUGCAGUGGAGACCACAUUGCCUAUGGGACUGCAGGGUGCUCAGCCAGAAUGGCGCACAGUGGGUGCCUUAUGUCACCACCCCGGCCUUCUAGAGAGGGGAUGGGCAGAAGCCUGUGCUUAGAUUCACUAGGAUGCAACUCAUGCUGGGCAUUUAUUGAGCACCUUCUGUGUGCUCCCAUGCCACUUCAAACCGCCCCUCAGCCGGGCUCUUCCGUCCAUUAAAGAGGGAAGGGGGCUGGUGUUCAUCCCUGAGGCACUGACUGGGUUUCGCCAGUGACAUCCCACAGUGUCAUCACAGUCCGUGAUGACCACGGACCACAGACCAUCCUAAUGCAGAGCCAGGGAAACUGAGGCUGGGGUGGGGGGACUACUCUCCGAGGGUCCUGCUGCCCAGCUGGCCCCAUCCGUACCCCCACUCUCCAGCCCUGACCUUUACGACUGCCCCUUGCUCCCUGGUGCUGCAGGUCUCGGCGCGGAAGAUGGCCGGCGGCGUGGACGGCCCCAUCGGGAUCCCGUUCCCCGACCACAGCAGUGACAUCCUGAGCGGACUCAACGAGCAGCGGACGCAGGGCCUGCUGUGUGAUGUGGUGAUCCUGGUAGAGGGCCGCGAGUUCCCCACGCACCGCUCGGUGCUAGCCGCCUGCAGCCAGUACUUCAAGAAGUUGUUCACAUCAGGCGCCGUGGUGGACCAGCAGAACGUGUACGAGAUCGACUUCGUCAGCGCUGAGGCACUCACGGCCCUCAUGGACUUCGCCUACACGGCCACGCUCACUGUCAGCACGGCCAACGUGGGCGACAUCCUCAGCGCUGCCCGCCUGCUCGAGAUCCCCGCUGUGAGCCACGUGUGUGCCGACCUCCUCGACCGGCAGAUCCUGGCAGCCGACGCAGGCGCCGAUGCCGGGCAGCUGGACCUCGUAGAUCAAAUUGAUCAGCGAAACCUCCUUCGCGCCAAGGAGUACCUCGAGUUCUUCCAGACCAAUCCCAUGAACAGCCUGCCCGCCACCGCGGCCGCCUCCUUCCCAUGGUCUGCCUUUGGCGCAUCCGAUGAUGACCUGGAUGCCACCAAGGAGGCCGUGGCCGCCGCUGUGGCCGCCGUGGCUGCUGGCGACUGCAAUGGCUUGGAUUUCUACGGGCCCGGCCCCCCGGCUGAGCGGCCCCCAGCUGGGGAUGGGGAUGAGGGCGACAGCAAUCCAGGUCUGUGGCCAGAGCGGGAUGAGGACGCCCCGGCAGGGGGCCUCUUCCCAACCCCCGUGGUCCCGCCAUCCACCGCCACGCAGAACGGCCAUUACGGCCGGGGCGGGGAGGAGGAGGCGGCCUCACUGUCGGAGGCAGCCCCGGAGCCAGGCGACUCUCCGGGCUUCCUGUCAGGCGCGGCUGAGGGCGAGGACGCGGAUGGGGCUGAUGCAGACGGGCUGGCGGCCAGCACGCUGCUGCAGCAGAUGAUGUCGUCGGUGGGCCGGGCGGGGGCGGCCACGGCGGGGGACAGCGACGAGGAGUCACGGGCGGACGACAAGGGCGUUGUGGACUACUACCUGAAGUACUUCAGCGGCGCCCACGACGGGGACGUCUACCCGGCCUGGUCACAGAAGGUGGAGAAGAAGAUCCGGGCCAAGGCCUUCCAGAAGUGCCCCAUCUGUGAGAAGGUCAUCCAGGGUGCCGGCAAGCUGCCGCGCCACAUCCGGACCCACACAGGCGAGAAGCCCUACGAGUGUAACAUCUGCAAGGUCCGAUUCACCAGGCAGGACAAGCUCAAGGUGCACAUGAGGAAGCACACGGGCGAGAAGCCGUACCUGUGCCAGCAGUGCGGGGCGGCCUUCGCGCACAACUACGACCUGAAGAACCACAUGCGCGUGCACACCGGCCUGCGGCCUUACCAGUGCGACAGCUGCUGCAAGACGUUCGUGCGCUCCGACCACCUGCACAGACACCUCAAGAAGGACGGCUGCAACGGCGUGCCCUCGCGCCGUGGCCGCAAGCCCCGUGUGCGGGGCGGGGCGCUUGGGGGGCCCGACCCCGCUCCAGCCCCUGGGGCCCCCGCGGCCCCACCGCCUGGCGCCCCCGCCCCGCCCGGCUCGCCCGAAGAUGACACCGCUACCGCCGCGCGGCGCAAUGGCCAGGAGAAGCACUUUAAGGACGAGGACGAGGAGGAGGACGAGGCCAGCCCCGAUGGCCUGGGCAGGUUGAAUGUAGCGAGCGCCGCAGGGGGAGGCGACGGGGGCUCCGGGGCCACCACCGCCGACGGCAGCUUCGCGGCCGGACUCGCUUGAAAAACCAAAAAAAAAAAAAAGCAAAACAGAAACCCGAGAAAGUGAGAGAGAGAGAGAGAGCAAAUCACCCACCACCCCCCAAAAACACAAAAAAAGAAAAUCUCUAUAUACAGAUAUCUAUAUCUAUAUAUAUAUAUAUAUAUAUACAGAUAUAUAUAUAUGAAGCGUCACAGAAUCUAGGGUAGUGCUUUUCUCCGAUUUUUCUCCUUCAUGACCGUUCUCCCCCUCCACGGGGACCCUUGCCCCACCUGCACCCCACCCCCAGCCCCCAGCCCCGCUUCUCCCCCACCCCAUCGAUGGCUUUCGGGGCUUGGUUUGGGGUUUUUGUGGGACACAAGGAUUCUGAACUCCCUGGGCGACCCCCCCCCACCACUGCCACUGGGUUUGGGUCUGGGGUCCCAUCUGAGGCCUGAUCAGGAUCCCAGGUCCCGGCAGGGGUGAGGGUGGUCUCAGGGGAAGCCGGGGACCCAGGUGGUCUUUUCUUUUCCUUCCCUCACUGGUUUCUAGAGUCUUCGAGACAAGACCUUAAAAAAUGAUUUUUGUCCGCUGUGAGUGGACGUUAAAAUGGCCCCACCCCCACCCCCACCCUCCUUCCUCAGGGCACUUCCUAAGUGGGGGUCUCCCCCUCCAUCUCUCCCACUGCCUCCCUGCCUCCCAUUCCUGCCUGUGGGCCCCCGUUAUCUCCUGGCCACUGCAACACAAAUCUAUUUUAUUUCCAGGUGUGGAGAAAGGGAAGAAGAUGGGGAAUGGGGGGAUGCCAGGGUGACUCCCCAAGGGCCCCCGCCGCCUUUCUUCACGGCACUUACAACCUGGCGGGACCCAAUGGGCCACCACUCAGGGCGUCCCUGCCACCCCCUGUCUUCAUCCCCUGACCCCGUGAGACACUUGGAGAUUGGAAACUAUUUGUCCUCACCCACUCCCCUCCCCAGCCCUCUCCCAGUUUUUAAAAGCACUUUUUAUUAGAUUUUUUUCCCUCUUUUCCUCCUUAAAGACAAAAUUUAUAUAUAGAUAUAUAUAUAUAUAUAAAAUAUACUUUUCCUCAGAGGAGCGGACGAUAGUGAGGGGGUGAAGGAGCCAAGAGCAGGAACCCAGGGUCUCACAGUGUCAGGGAUGGGGGAGCUAGAGUGUCCAGAAGUUCCAGUGUCACAAAAAGCAAUAAAAACAAGAUUUUACAAAAAUGAAAGAAAAAAAAAACACAACAACAAGACAACCAACCACAAAUAGGAGUCUUGGCACUUUGUAACAGAACGGGUACUACACUUUAUCUUAAUUUAAAAAAAAAUGUUUACAAGUUGCAACCAACUUCUAUGAAAAGUCAAAAAGAC